UUUGUCAUCGAAAAGUACCUGCCCCUGGUGGAGUUUCUCGAGCCCUUACUUUCAACCAAAAAGAAGGAAGAAAUUGCAAAGUGUCUUGUAAAUAUUCACGAAAAAGCAGACAACAGCGAUGUGGCCGGAUUCCUGGCAAGCAUAGUGAACCACGAACUGGACUCAUAUGAUAAUCUGUCUCUGCUUUUCCGAUCGAACUCAAUUGGAUCAAAAGCCGUGGAAUCGUACGUCAAGUUAGUGGCUGCCGAGUACCUACAAACCCUGUUCAAAACCUUCAUUGAAAACCUUAUAACAUCAAUGGAUGAUCUGGAGGUUGACCCCAGCAGACUGAUGUGCACGAACUCUUCCGGCUCAACCUCCUCUUCCACCUCAAACUUCAGCUCAUCCGACAGUAACGGUCGACUUGCUCAAAAUCAGAGGGCUCUCAUGAAUCUUGUCAAAGUUGUUUGGGCGAAGGUGAAGGCCAGUCUCGAAUAUUUCCCACAGUAA